AGAUUUAUAAAUAGACCGCCUACGUACCUACGGUUUGUUAUUACGAUCCAACGAAAAUAAGGUUAUAUUUCCCCUGUAAUUAGCACUGAAAUAGCUCAUAGCCGUCAUUAGUAUGUAAACGGAAGUGUCCUGGAUAUCAUGCUGUUUUGCUAUUUCUCCGGAUUAUCCUGCCAACAUAAGAUAAUGUUAUGUGGAUACUUCGAUAUCGGUAUAAUUCUAACCUAGUUUCGUUUAUUUAUGCAUAACAAAGUUUCUUCUGGAAAUUUGCCAAAAAUUUAACCCGCAGUGCGUAUUGCAUCAUCUUUUAAUCUUCAAAACCGUGUUUUUAUCUUUAAAAAAAGUUUUUUAGCGUUAUCGAAAGUUAUUUGAGAUCCAAAGAAAACGAGGAUUUAUAAGAAAAGUUUAAUCUUUGUUUCAAACUUUUACCUUUUGUCUCUUUCUAUCAAUAUAUAGAAGAUAGGUAUCGAAGUUUAGUUUAGUUUCCGAAGGCGUCAGAAUGUCUGGAAAUGCUUCCAAUUGGAAUUAUAUAGAAAUGAAAGAUCAAAUGGUAUUGGGUCAGCAGUGUUAGGUUCCAGGAAGGAUAUAUUUAUAUCAAAAAAGAUUAGAAAACAUGGAUUGUGCAGCAGGAGGAAUAGACAUGUCAAUUACAAAAUAUGCUGGACCGGAAUGUAUUAACUAUGUUAACAUAACUUGGCGGCGAAUUGAAACCAUGCUAAUAUUAAUAGCCACUCUAUAUUUAUUCUGUUGGAGUUUCCCUAAAUGCUCCCUUCCCACAAUACCAUUACUGGAUAAAGACAGACCCGGCAAAAGAUUCCUUCUUGUUCUAGUGUGCCUAUGUUGGGGCAUGGAAAUUGGCUUUAAAUGUGCAUCCAGAACAGGAAUAUACCUUUUAAAUCCUUGUCACAUUACCACCGCUAUGCAGAUUUACUUAUUGGCAGCAAAACCCAGCAAAACUGUCACAGCAGUAUUUCGAAUUCAUUUGAAUUAUUUAAAUGGUCCUAUUCUAGCCAUUGUUUUCUACGAAACGGAUACGCGACUGCUUCCAUUUGAAGCGACAGUUUAUUGGGUCCAACAUUGUAUGAUGCUCAUUGUGCCUUAUUAUCUUUUACGACUUGGAGGCGUUUACAAUGUGGAAAAUAUCACCGAUUAUAAUUGGAACGUACUAGCUUAUAGUUUUUUAGUUUUCUAUCAUUUUACCGUCCUUCAAGGAGUGUCCAUAUUGACUAAUAUCAAUAUGAACCAUAUCAUGUGCCCUUUGGAUUCGGAUCCGUUCCGGGGCCAACUGUACCGAACGGCUGUUUUCUUUCACGAAGGCCUACUGUGUCCGUUGGUAUGCAAAACGUACAUCUUGCUCUCUCAAUUUUUCUUAACGAAAUUUAGGUAUACCAAGGUUAAGGAUAAUUUAAAUUGUGAUAUAGAUUUAGAUCAUAUACAAUAGACGUAUAAUUAAAUUAGAAAGUUGUCUAGAGGAUUAGAAUCUUUUAUAAACUAGGACACUGUUAUUCUGUCGUUAAGUCAUUUACUUUUAUGACAAUUCUUUUGUAAUGUACUGGAUGUAAAUGAAUAUUGGAUAGUAGCCAAAACCCUACCCCUUUACACAAAAAGUUUAAAAAAUUUACAAAUUUUUCAAACUUUUUCAAAAAGAUGUACUUCGAAAUAAAUUUCUGUCGUUCGUCUUUCGGGCUACAUAACGGAGUCGGAGAUUCACUUGAAAGACAACAGACUCACUAGGCACGCGUAACACGACAAAUAAUUAAAGCCAGUUCCGAAAACGUAACAUUUUAUUUGCUACUAGUAUUCAGCAUUGUUUUUUAUUCUGCUUCUUGGCUGCCGCCUAACUGUUUAAAAAGAAAUGCUGCUGUUAAAAAUUUAUCAUAAAAAUAUAUAAAUAUCUGACUUAAGCCUUUUAUAAU